UUGAGCCUGUGAGCAGGAUGGAGAGGGGGCUGGGCUGUGAGACCAGAGUGUCUGCUGUCUACACACCGGCAUUUUACAAAGCACUGCGCAGGAGCAUACCGUGCUAGCGCAUGCGGCGCAGGCAAGAGCGGGCGUCCAGACGCCUGAGGGGUGGUCUGGGUUUCAACCUUAGCAAGUUCAGAGGAAGUCUUAGGAGUACACAGAUUCUUGAUGGGCAGAUCUUGUCUCUUCCCAAACUUCUUUCAUACGGUAAGAGAAACCUAUUCUAGAUCCCAUUUCAGGAGCAAAGUGCGGUUUAGAAGGUACCAUUCCUCAAACUGCACAUACAACAAAUGCAGAAGAUGCUUCUAUGUCUCUAUAAACCAUGCCUUCAAGGCCAGUCAUGAUGUGCCAAGUCUACGCCCCUCUGAAGUCUCUUAUUCUCACACCUGUAUGCGUGUGCAUGGGGAGGGGGCUCUAACACACCUCAGAGGAAUGGAACUUGGUCAUCAAGCCCUGUCCCCACCUGUCACUUAAACCUUUGCUUCCUGAUUGAAGUUUGUCCCGCUCCAACUAUAGGGACCUCACAGUUUUUUCAUGUCUAUAGUGAAGAGUUGGAGAAAUAGCUCAUUUUCAAAUGCUAGGUGUAGUUUAAGCUUAUGAGGAAUGAUCGACUUGUUCUAGCAGAACCACCAAGGAUGGGGCCAAAAGAUGCGAUGUCCAGGGGAACACCUAAAUAUUUUCUAAAAACAUCAAGACAAGAAACUAGAUAACUCCUGAGCUCUCUUAAACAUGUAGAACUGUUCUUGCUUUGUAUUCCCAGACAAUUAAAGCCAUUUGUCACCCAAGAUUUCAUUCACUGUUUUUUUUUUUCUCUUUGGCUUCCACUCUGAGCUCCGGGGAGUCCUGGGGGCCUGUCCUGGCCUCCCCUGAGUCCAUGCACACGGUUCAUUUCCCCCAGGACAAGGUCUCCAAGCUCCUGCAGAAGUCUUGUUCGCUGCUCUCGGUCUUGUGGCUGCUUCUUCUUUUCUGCAUCAUUUGUGGAAUUUGCUGAUUCCCGCACCCAGAAUGGUGACACAGAACCACACAGAAGGAGCGCAUGAAUGAGGAAAUCGUGACUGAGAGUCCUGAGAAGCAUGGGAGGAAGGAAGAUGGCAAGAGACGAGGAAAGCACCUAUGGCUUGGAGAUGUAUUCACAGAUCCCAAGGGGGCCCCCACUGAGGCUCAUCCUGGUAGGUAGGACCGGGACCGGCAAGAGUGCCACUGGUAACACCAUCCUGGGCCGGACCUGCUUCGUAUCCAAGCUGGGGGCUGUGCCUGUUACCAGAUCCUGCUCCUGGGCCAACAGGAAAUGGGCCGGCUGGUAUGUUGAGGUGGUGGACACCCCGGAUGUAUUCAGCUCUGAGGUCAAACAGACCGACCCUGCGUGCUCGGAGACAGCCCACUGCUUCCUACUGACGUCGCCCGGACCGCACGCGCUGCUGCUGGUCACCCAGCUGGGUCGCUUCACCACUCAGGACAGCCAGGUGCUGGCCGGGGUGAAGCGGGUGUUCGGGGAGAAAGUGAUGGCGCGGACUGUUGUGGUGUUCACUCGCAAGGAGGACCUGGCAGGAGAGUCUCUGCAGGAUUAUGUGCGAUGCACAGACAAUCGCGCGCUGCGGGAGCUGGUGGCUGAGUGCGGGGGCCGCGUGUGCGCCCUAAACAACCGAACCACUGCCCGCGAGCGCGAGGCACAAGCUGAGGAGCUGCUGGGCCUGGUCGCUGGCCUGGUGAGGGAGCACGGGGGCGGGUACUACUCCAAUGAAGUGUAUGAUCUGGUGAGGACCCUGUGGAGCUCUAACCCCAAGGACCAAGUCAGCAAGGUGGCAGAGAUGGUGGCAAGACGCAUGCAGAGGCCCCUGCGCACCAGGCUGCUAACUGGGCUGUGGGACUGGCAGAAAUCUUACAGGAAGAGCUGGAGACGGGGCGUGGCUAUUUUCCUGGGUGUGGCCUUCCUGAUCUACCUGCUGGUCUACAGAAAGGCGCCUCAGCCCAUUGGGGACCAGAACAGCAGAGGGACCCGUCUAAAGACAAAGUGGUCACGUGGGGCCCAGGGUCUUGGGGGCAAGCAGAUGCUCACCUUCGGUGCUAACGGGAACCCGGGGCCCAGCACUUCCAGUCAUAAGAGGGCUUUCUGGAACCUGGGGGACGGGGCUGUCCCCCACCGCCCAGCAUCUGACUCCCAGUGCUUUGUCUGCUCAGACCUUUCUGAAGAGGAAAUGAGUAGGGCAGGGCGGCCUGUCAGCUUUCCACAGGAAGCGGCCAUUUACCACGGCAGCUCUGCUGUGUUCUGGCGGAUUUCAGGUCAGCGUUCAAGUUAUGGCUCUGUAAGUGGCCUUUCUGUGAGAGCAUCAUCCAGCAGGCACAGGUCCUCUGCCUGCCGGCAAGUGACUCACACUGGUGACUGGAGGCUGAGCCCUGCUGGCCCGGAAGAAAUGGAAGGCCUCCGGAAGAGCACAUAUGGAGCCAUAGUUGAAGGGAGCAGGGAAGCCUACUGUGGAGCAGAAUCGGGCUGCUUGAGGAUCCUCCUGGUGGGUAUAUCUGGCUGCGGGAAAAGCGCCACAGGGAACAGCAUCCUCUGCCGACAAGCGUUCGAGUCCAGGCUCAGAGCCCAGUCAGUGACCAGGACCAGCCAGGCAGAGAUGGGCACAUGGAAGGGAAGGAGACUGCUAGUGGUAGACACGCCCCCCAUCUUUGGGUCAAAGGCCCAGAACCAAGACAUGGACAAGGACAUUGGAGAUUGUUACCUGCUGUGUGCCCCAGGACCCCAUGUGCUGCUGCUGGUGACCCAGCUGGGACGCUUCACAGCUCAGGACACCCUAGCCGUGAGGAGGGUGAAGGAGAUCUUCGGGGCAGGAGUCAUGAGACACACGAUCGUCCUCUUCACCCACAAGGAAGACCUGGCAAAUGAGACUUUGGAUGAGUUUGUGACCCACACUGAUAACCACAGCCUGCACAGCCUGGUCCACGAGUGUGGGAGGAGGUACUGUGCCUUUAAUAACAGGGCCUCAGGGGAAGAGCAGCAGGGACAGCUGGCAGAGCUCAUGGCCCUGGUGAGGGGGCUGGAGCAGGAGUGUGAGGGCUCUUUCCAUAGCAACGACCUCUUCCUUCAUGCCCAUGUGCUCCUUAAUGGUGGCUGCAGUGAGUACCAGGAAGCCUACAGGUGCUACCUGGCCAAGGUGAGGCAGGAGGUGGAGAGGCAGAAGCGGGAGCUGGAGGAGCAGGAGGGCAGCUGGGUGGCUAAGAUGCUUUGCAGAGUCAGGACAUGCUCGUGCUCCCAAAUCGCAGCAGCCGCCCUUCUUAUUGGGUGUGGUUUGGUUUUUAUUGGCAUUUUAAUUAACUUGUAUGUUAACCAGUGGAACUGAGCCUUUUCAGGUGAUUUCUGCCAUCAGCGCCCUCUCCCAAGGUUCGCAUUUCUGUCUGCACUGGGGUACCUCAGUUUCACGUUCAUUUGACACCCUUGAAUCGAGUAUGAAAGAAAAGGAACGUAUUACUUAAGUCGUGAGGGUGAGUCAAGUAGUUCCAUCAUAAAGGCCCAGGUGCUAAUAUUCAGGCAUCUGCCCUGGCCAGCCCUUAGGGUCCUGACAGGCUGCUCCUCAACUCCGCCCACUAAGAACACCCCCAUGCACAUUCGCCAUGUUCCCUCAUAAAAGUCAAGCCUCGUCACCUCCUGACUCCUUCUCUUCCACCACUCUUGUCCCCAGGGACCAGUCUCUGUCCCUCUCUCUGCCCCUUUCCUACCCUUCUUUCCUCUUCCAAUAAACCUCCACGGUGAGCCCUGCUGUAUGGCUUUACUCCUUCCUGUUGACUUUUAAACUGUAAUCUUGGUGUCGGACCCGCGGCAGGCUCUUCUGGGCUUCCUCUUGCCCAUUGGCAGCGUGAGGCAUGCCGAGACCCCGGAUCCCGGUCCAGAUAUGACAGCCUCACUUGUCCAACCAACAGGUUGCUGAGCCCGGCUAACCAAAAUGGGCGUGAUUGGUGAGCCUCCCUUGUCUGGCCAUUUCCCACGAGGGAGGAUUCGUCUCUCCGCCAUGACUUCUCACCUCAGGAACAAGCCCUGAUAUCAGACAACUCACGUGUCUCUUGGGGCUCAGCACGCCAUGGCCCCUGGACCUUUGGGUGAUGACUCACUGGCCAGCUUCUGCCUUCUCAAUCAAUCCCCUCGGAACUCCUGGGACGCUAGAAAUUGCAGACUUUUGGCUCUUACUUCUCUGCCUCGCUCAUGGGAACUAUAUCACUGUCUACACCUCCAAGCGCUCAGGCUUUUAAGAGCUUCUAAAUUCAUCUGCCUUUGCGGCCAAAUCUGGCCCAAAUGCCCCUUAGAUAUCAAUCCAAAUGGCGGCUUCUCAGCACCCUAUAUCCCGACAUUUUAAGGACCUUUGCUACAGUCUGUGAGUGAUCCAACAGAUGGAAGGGGUGCCCUGUUUUCAAGCUUUCUCUUAUCUCCACUUAAAGCCCUCUCUACAUUCUUUUUCCUGGUUCUUCUACUCAGCUAUGAAGCCCGUUAAGCUGCAUUUCUCCCUUUCAUUGAGUAAACAGACAACAAACUGGGGUUUUAUACGUCUAACUCUGCUUCUUUCAUUUAAGAAUUCCAAAGUCAGUUUCCGAAGCAACAAUCCGCCUCUGCCGCUAAAGCAGAUUCGUGCUGCCAGGUCCCUUUCCGCCAUCAGCUAUGCAGCGUGCGCACCCUUUAAAAGUACCCGGCAGGAAGAGCGCGUUCCCGUUGCCUCGUCUCUUGUCUCUUACACCUGUCUUUGUCUCUAAUUUCCUCCCUUGCCCCCUUUUUUCUCUCAUGCUUCUCUUCCUCUUGUCUGUCUGCCUCUCUCAAGUCCCCACUCCGACGCAGCCUUUCACGCUUUCACUCUCCCCCUCCCAAUAAACCUCUUGCACUAACUCUGUUGCGUGUGGCGAGUUUGCUUAGUGGCAUACCGGGCAGGGCCCGCCAGAGGUAGCCACUUCACACUAGGAGCCUACCGGCCUGCUCCACCUGCACAGAUCCACUCUCUUCCACCUGCAACAAAUCUGCUUCCUGAUCUGAUUUCUCAUUCACUGACAGCUUUGCCUUCUAUUCAGUACCAACAACUGGGUCUCUGGCAGGGCUCCCGCCUCUGACCAUUCCCCUGGAUGUGAGGCUUCAUUUCUUGAGCACAGUGCGGUUGUGUCUCUCAGGGCUCAUAGACCUUGGCCCCUGUUCUUGAGAGACGAUGUAUUGGUCAGCUUGUGCCCACUCAAUCUGGUCCUCCCUGGAUUCCUGGAUCUGUCUCAUCCUUGGGAACUGUGUUAUACACCUCCUUGCUUUUGGAGACUCACUGACCAGUAUUCUCUGGACCCGCCAGUCAGGGAACUGAGAGAAUUCUCCGCUUUUUUUUUCUUUGCUCCAAGACCUGCUUGUGUCUGUCUGCUCACCCUCUCUAAAUGUUCUGUUUGCUGCAACAUGUGGGUCAGAUGAGGAGGCCUGCUUGUUCCUGCUCAGACACACAGUCCCCCCUUUCUUUUUAUUUGCCCGACUCCUAUUUAAUAUAAGGUGUGUGUGUGCGCAUGGGACAUGUAUUUAACCCGUAUGUGUAAAUGGAAGCUGGCUUUAAUUCUGCAUAUGUGUAUAUACCUUGGAUUCAAUUCUGUGAUAUGUACAUGAAACUAUUGUUUAAAAAACAUGUUUUAAACAGCAGCCAUGUGGCUCGCCUUCACCUUGACUGAUGACAUCAUCAUGACGUAAGCAGCUGCAUGGCUGGUGGCCACUUUUUACUAAGGUUAAAGAGUGGCAGUGAAGAGACAGAAAUCUUAAAUAAAUAAACAAACAAACACCAAACUUCCAGAGAACUUAAAUAAGUGAUGUCAUAUGUUUGAUAAAUAAGUUAUUUAAUAAACAAGAUAAAUAUUCUAUAAUGGAGUUUCCAGUCCCCCAAGAGGCCCCCAUGGCUUGCCAAGGGCAAUGCUGGCCUCUGUGCUCCUUCAGUCUCUGCUCACAGGCCCCUUUCUCCUGUUUCCAUGUGGCCCUGGUGAUCUUUCCCGUCCCUUUUCCUGUCUUCUCAGGAGUCAGCCUUACGAGUGUGGCACAAAUUUGUUCUGUUCCACUUUUUACUAUCGACUGCCCUCAGUCAUCAACCACCUGUCUUCUGGUAUCGGAUGGAAAGAGGGUGUGAGCUGAUGCUGUGGGGAUGGGGAAGGACCAGGGGCUUUCAGGUUUGUUUAUGUGAAGACGGGAAAGCUUAAGUGCUGACCAGGAGAAAGCGAUCUGAGAUGUAUAAAACAAUGGAAACGUGUUCCAGAUUUCUCUCUCUUGCUCUGUUACUGUUCACAAUCUUGACAUUAAUUGAUGGAAUUCUGGUAAGCUAUCAGUCUAGCUCUGGCGGAGCACUAAACAUUAUACUCUACCACUAUAGUGUCACAGCCACAAGCUCAGGGUUUCAAAUUCUCUUUGGUUGCUUUCCAAUGUGUCUAAAACAUAUCUUUAUAUAGAUUCAAAAUUCUCAUGAGCUCCAGGGAGUCGCCUUGAACCCACAUCAAACAGCAUUUUGCCAGGUCCACGUGGUGCCUACUGUUAUACAGAGACUAGACAGUGAAGUGAAACAGACAGAUACCCCAGGGCAUGGCCAACACCCCAGAUAUCCCAGGUUCCCCAAAGGUGACCGGCGCCCCACCCAGGUCAGCAGGAAGCAGUCUCAAGAACAUGGCAUCCUCAUCCCUGCCUCACCUGCUACCCCUUUCUAAUUCCUCACCAUUUUAUAAUAGACAAGAAGGAGGACUGUUAGUAUUCAGGCAUCUGGACUGGCCUGCCCUUGGGGUCCUGACAGGAUGCCCCCUCAGCUGCAGGCACUAAGAACAACUCCCCCCCCUGCACAUUGGCUAAGUUUCCUAAUAAAAGGCAGGCCUUAUCCACCUCCCGUCUCUUCCUCUUCCACCACUCUUGCCCCCAGAAACAGAUCUCUGUCCCCUUCUCUGCUCCUUUCUCUGUCCCCUUUUCUACCCCUUCUCUCUCCUUUUCAAUAAACCUCCCGUGUGAGCCCUGUUGUAUGGUGUGACUCUCUCUCCCGCCGUUUUCAAAACUAUAACACUGGGGACUUUCAAAAAGGAGGGUGUUUGGACUGUGUAGCAACGGGUGUGUCUCACCUAGUGCCCCACCUCCUACAGAGGGAAUGUUAACACACAAAUCUGAGGACAGAAUCUUAUUUUAGUCAGAAGUCCACCCUGAUCUCAUUAGAACUGUAAAAGUCAGGUCUCCAUCCUCUUCCCAGCCCUAAGAAAGGAUAAGGACAGUGUUCAUGAAGCAGGGGCUCUAAGGUAUACAAGAGAAUGGAGUCUAGAGGCCUGGGCAUGAGUGGGGAACAGAGUGAAGAGGCUACAGGAUCAGGGUGGGUCUCACCCCAGGGAUUGCAGGGUCGUCAGUCAAGAAACACAGAAACCAGAAAGUCUAAGUUCAGUAAUACAAAGAGCCAGUGAAUGGGUAUCUUGGACUUGGAAGACUGGAGAGUACAGUAUAGUGCUCGACACCACAUGCAGGCAAAAGUCACUAUGAUCAAGAGGCUGUGUAUUCAUAAAACUUGGUGUGCACUGAAUUUUGAAUUAUAUGUAAUUUUCAUGUGUGAAACUAGAACAUUAUUCUCCUGAAUUCUUCAGCCAUUAGAGAAAGGUGAAAAUGAGUUGGAGAACUAUUCGGGUUUUUAAAUCACAUAUUGCUCUGCUGGAGAAGCGGAGUUUGAAUCCCAGCAUUCACACCAGGCAGCUCACAACAGCCUGUGAUUCCAGCUCUGGGUGAUCCAGCGCCCUCUUCUGGCCUCCACAGGCACUGCACUCACAUGUGCAUAUACAAAAAUAAAAUUAAUCUUUUUUUAAAAUGUGGGGAAAAAAGAAAGAAAAGAAAAAUAUAAAUGUGAAAAUCAGAUUAAAAUCUAAGCUCAGCAGUGCACGUCUGUAACUCCAGAACUUGGGAGGAGGGGGAGAGGGAGACAGGUGGAUCCCAGGGCUCUCUGGCCAGCCAGUCCAAUGGAAAAGGCAGUGAGAGAAAUGCCUUGGAAUAAAGCUAUCCAAUAAAAUGAAAGAACUCUACAAUGAGGACUGUAAAACAGAGAAAGAAACUGAAGAAACCAGAAGAUGAAAGGAUGGAUCAUAUCCACGAGCUGGGAGAAUGAAUGGUAUGAAAAUGUCAAUACUCCCAAAACCAGCUCACAGGUUCAAUACAGUCUUCAUCAAAAGUUCAGUGGUCUUCAAAGAAAUAGGAAAAAAUAACAUUCUUAUGGAAGAAAAGAGAUUCCAGAGAGUUAAAGAAUAAUUCUGAACAAAAGAACAGUGCUGGGGGUUUCAGUAACCUGAUCUGAAACUAUCCUACAGAAGCAUAGUAACAACAAUAAUAAAAACCACAAAACCCAAAACAUGGUAUUACCAUAAAAACAGACACACAGAUCAAUGGAAUAAAAUAGAGGACUCAGACACAAAUCUGUGGGGUUUUUUCUUCUUUAUUCUUUGGGAGGUCCACCACUCAGCUCCCAAAUAAUUACACAGAGACUUAUUCUUUCUUAUAAAUGCCCAGCCUUAACUUGUCUUAUUUCUAAGCAGAUUUUCUUUUUUCUUUUUAAAUUUUUUUAUAAUUAAUUUUACUUUAAGUUCAUUGGUGUUUUGCCUGCAUGUAUGUCUGUGUGAGAGUGUCAGAUCUUGCAGUUACAGACAGUUGUGACCUGCCUUAUAGGUGCUGGGAACUGAACCUGGGUCCUCUGGAAGAGCAGUCAGUGCUCUUUACUGCUGAGCCAUCUCUCCAGCUCUAGCCAGCUUUUCUUAAAUUAUUCCAUCUACCUUUUGCCUCUGGGUUUUUAUCUUUCUCUAUUCUAUAUAACUUUCUUUACUUCUUAUUCGUGGCUUGCUAUGUAGCUGGGUGGCUAGCCCUGGGCCUCUUCUCUCCUCUUUUUUUCUUUCUCCACUCUCUUCUCUUUUUCUCCUUCUAUUUAUUCUCUCUGCCUGGCAGUCCCAUGUCCCUCUCCUACCUAGCUAUUGGCCAAUCAGCUCUUUAUUAGACCAAUCAGGUGUUUUAGAUAAGCAAAGUAACAUAGUAUCCCAGAGUUAAACAAAUGCAACAUAAAAGAACAUAUUUUUGCAUCAUUAAACAAAUGUUUCAUAGCAUAAGCAAAUGUAACACAUCAUCAACUAAUAUUCCACAACACAAACCCACACAUGUGACUUUGUGAUUUUUGGCAAAGAAACAAAAAACCCACAAAAAAAAAAAGACCAUACAUCAGAGAAAAGAGAGCAAGUGAUGCUGGGAAAGCUGGGUAUCCUUGUGUAGAGAAAUGAAGCUGUGUCCCUGCCUCUCAGUCUGUGAAAUCAGCUCAAACUGCGUCGUCUUGAUGUAAGAGCUAAAACUGUUGGAAGAAAAAGUAAAAAAACUCCUUCAAGAUUCAGGUAAGGGGUUUCUGCAAGGGCUCUGGUCACUCUGGAAACGGUGCCAAUGAUUAGCAGAUGGGGUUUUAUGAAAUUCAAAAGCUUCCAUGUGGUAUAAGAAACAAUCACUGUGUGAGUAGAGACAGUCUUCUGAGUGGGGCAAAACCUUCACAGCUAUUCAUUUGCCAUAGGAUUAAGAUCCAGAUAUACCAAGAACUCAGAAAAGAAAGAAAUCAGAUGAAUACCUAGAAACAGCUAGAAUUUGAUAGAAAGAAAUCCAACAGUACAGCUGGUAAAUGAGCUAACACACAGACUCUUCUCAAGAUGGACUACAAAUGACCAAUUAGUACAAGAAAAAUGUCUGGAGACCCACAUUGGAGCUGAAAUCUCAAGGUCCAAAUCAGGAGCAGAAGGAGAGAGAGCACAAGCAAGGAACUCAGGACCGCGAGGGGUGCACCCACACACUGAGACAAU